UUGACUUAACGGUAAUCGGGUUAAGCAUAAUUAACGUCAAUAAGUAACCAAUAACAUUUUGAUUAGUAAACGAUUAAACAAAUAACUAAUCAACCUGAUCACAAACAAACGAACAAAUUAACUACUUACCACAUAUCGUACUUACUUGUUACUCAACAUAUUUCAACAUACUAAAGCUUUAGAACAAAGUUAACUAAAAAGCUAUCAAUUACUGUCAAAUACGUCAUUACAGGCCAAUAAUGCAACAAUAACAGUGAAUAGAAUUGUACAUGUUAUUUAGGAGUGGGCUGGCUAUUGUUUGCCACUUGUUUUUAUUAUCUUUUAUUCGGCCACAUGUGCGUAGGGACCAGUAGGGACUCUGCACCACACUUAAGUCCCAAAAUCUAUACGAUACGAAUAGUUGCAGAUGCGGGCUCAACAAAAAACAAAAAUCUGGUAAAAGGUCCUCUUUCACAUCCCGUCGCAACGAUUUAUAAAUCUUCAUUAAGCAUCAUUUAUCUCUCUUUCAUGUGGCGUUACGGCUCUAUACAAUAGGCUCUGAAUUUCUUUUUGAAUUAGCUUUCGUAGUUAAGAUUGGUUUAUUAGGUAAUUUUGUUAUCUCAUUGUUUAGUUUAGAAUGGUUUUUAAAGCUUCUUGCUGUUACUAUUUUUACUUAUCUAUAUAUAACACUUACAUGUUUAAUAUCAAAAAUGAUAGCGUCUAAAAAUACCCUACUAACCGUCAUCUACAAAUGUAAUGACAUCUCGUCUCGCCAAAUAGUUUAUCAUUGCACUACUAUUGAGACAUCUAGAUAGGGUAGACAAUGGGCGAAAAUUGCCUUCAAUUCGCAUUUUCCGGCUUUCAAAAGUAGGUUGCUACACUCGGCCCGCACUGGACGUAAUGGAGAGCCGUUAGUUCAUUGGGGUCAUUGAAUAAUUCCCGUGUGUCGCAGUCGUAGAGCACUGGCCACCGUACGACGUCGCAUCGACCGUCUCAAUGAUACUCGAUAACCCGUCUUAUUUUGCGUUGCCGAACAAAGAUGUGCCUGACAGCGGGGAAUCUCAAGGCUCCCUGGAGCCAUGUUCGAGAUCAGCGCCAGGCCGCGUCUGGCCAGACGCCGGGCGGCCGCUCGGCUCGCCCAGGCGCAGGGAGCCGGAGAGCCCCAGGAGAAAAGAAUUCAGGGCUUUACUCAGAUCUCUAUCGGCGAGGGAACCAGAACAAGCAGAGGCAUUCCUAAAAGGCCAGCCCAGACCAGGAGAUUGUGCUCCCGGCGACAUGAGACACACGUUUACAGCUCCACGAAUUAAGAAGGGCAAGAUUAGCGCAACAGUGGUAACAUCAGAUGGGCCACAGGAGCGCGAGGAAGUGUUUUAUACCAUUCCCCUUCAGGGUAGAAGAAGGCAUUCUGUUGGUGGUUACUUAGCAACCGGAGCCGCAGGCGCAGGGGAAGUGACGGCAGUUCCUAGCGAAGUACCCAGAAUGCCACCACCGAGGUUCAACCAAAAAGAAGAAGAUACCAUCAAGAGAAGGAGGCCAAAAAACUUUACUUUUAAAGAAAUGGAAGACAUAGCAAUACUGUGGAGUUCUGGAUCACCAGAGAGCGCUUUGUGGUCAGACUAUUUGGUCGCCAGCUUCGACAAGAUUAUGUCUCAAAGAGCCAGACACCACUACAGAGUGACUCCAAUUACGGCAGAGGAACUAUUAGCCUCGGAUGCCAAUUCUCAAGAGAAAUUAGACAAACUAACAAAAGCACAAUUGCAGAUAGUUAUCUUGUGCCCAAAUCUCGCGACGAAGAUGACGGAUCUAAAGAGAGACGUGAACUGCGAAAAUCUGUUUAAAGUUGAUAAGAUAUUAGUCAUGUUGCUUGGAGUUGAGAAGAAUCACGUCAUUUCCAGUAAUUGUGAAGAAUAUCCAACGAUAGACCAGUGGCAAAUGAUGUCGGUUCGUGAGAAAGACACCUCCUUUGUGGACACAUUUCUGACAGCUGCCGUCGGGAUCCUACGAACCAAAGACUGUAAAGACACGGCCACUGACAGAACAAGCUUCUCCAUUGUUCCAAAGAAGGUUAAAAUUGGCCAAAGUCGAGUGAUAGCGCUCCUCAACGACCCCAUUAGGGACGAGGACAGCAUAAAAAUAAUGGUGGACAAGAAGGGAGAGGUCAUUAACAUACCGAGCUUCAAGAAGAGAAACCCUUACACCCUACAAUUCGACAUACCAGAAUCAUGUCUGGAAGUAUCUAUGCUUGUGUGGGUACGUGUGAGUAAGAAUGGCCAGUCACUGGGCCGAAGACAAAUUAAAUGUGAGAGUCGACUGAGAGAACUCGAUCAGUUACUAAGGGCUUCGGAUCAUCCUCUUGAAUUUAUGUGCCAAACACUGGGCUUCAAGACAACUAGUAAGGAACAACUGGACAGUUGGAUGCUUAAUGCUUUCCAGAAGAACAUACCGCCGCACUUCAAUCUUCUAGCGUCGACUGAUCAAUUUAACCCUAAGGCUGAUAUGUCAAGUGGCGAAGAAUAUCCGACCUUAUUGCAUUGGGCUGCACGGUUUGGUUUGGAGAGGCUGUGCUGGCAGUUGUUGGAAUGCCCCGGAGGAGGUGCCGCGGUCGCACUUCGCAAUGUUCGCCAGCGGACGCCUGCAGACCUUGCCAGGGAUCACAAACAUUACGCACUUGCAGACGUGCUGGCUGACCAUCUCAAAAUCAAUGAAUUCUCCAAUAUGUAUUAUUACCUGAAAAACAUGUCGGAUAACGACAAAGAGGACAGCCAGGACGAAGCUAAGCACGACGAGUUACGAAUAAUUGAAACGUGUGACACAGUUGAUUCUCCAGUGCGCGAAAAUCAUAACCGAAAUGCAGUAGAAUCAACGGACCCCUUCAGCGAAGCCUGCACUCAAAACUUAGAGAAGAAUCUUGAUAAAUUGGACGAUUUUGAUAAAAAGCGACCAAAUCUACGAUUACCGAAAAUAAAGGAACAAUUUUACCAAAACGAAUUUCCUCUUCAUGAUAACACGGUCGACAGAAUUCAGCAAGCUCUCGAACACGAUUACUUAGUUCAACCUUCGAACAUCAAAGUCGAAAGUCCGAAAUUCAGACCAAAUAACUUAUACGCAAACAGUUCUCGACUAAUGCCACAACAAUCCGACAUUUUCUUGUACUCUCCCACCGAAGAAUCCAAGACUUUUACCAUUGACACUCCUACUAGUGAUAUAAGCCAAAUAAACCUAAAUACCAAAGAUGUACGAAGCAGUGGUAGUGUGAAAUCCGGAAAGGAAACGUGUCCUCUAACAGGCCAAGAAGAGUUAGCGGAAAUAAUAAACGAUUUCAAAAACAACGUAUUCACGAUAUCCGAAGUGGAAAAGCUAGUGAUGGAAUGGAAAAAUAGAAAUGAAACGCAGCAGUCCCUGAAAGAAAAACAGGAACAAUUGAAUAAGAUGCGCGACGAAUAUGACAGGAUUCAACAGAAAAUCAAAGAUAAUAUGAAGAGACCCACGCCAUUCGAGAGAGUUAAGAAAAUGUUCUCUAAGAGCAAAAAUAAACAUCACAACCACGACCAUAACAAUGGGACUAUUGAGAAACGCAAUGGAAGCACGAGGCCGAACAGCAGCCUGAGUGAAAGUUCAUCUUCAUCAGGACGUCUGAGUACGGUCAGUGGAGGCAGUGUCGCUGAAACCAACAGUGUCCAAUCCGAACUCGAUGAUAAAGCGAGGUCCAUUAUUUCGUCCAGCACCUUGACGAUGCACUCGGCUUGUGAUGGCGAAAACCGAAUGGAUGACUACUUGAUCCCACCGCCACCGCGUCCUCUCAACGGAUGCCCACAGUUCACCACUUUUGGACAUCCCAAAAACGACCAAAGAAAUCAGCACAUGGCAACGAUAGUUGAGCGCGAAACGUCAGCGUCCCGAGAAACCCUCGACUGUGACGUAGACACACACAACGGCACGCACUUGCGACUUAAUUUCGGGUCGCGCGACCGCUCCGCAGCCUCGGGCCGCUGCGACGACCGUGAUGGCGCCCACAUGUACAUGAAUAUAUCUGCCACACAUACAUAAUCCAUCCAAUCUAUAUUUAGCUUUAUUACAAAUCACAUGACAUUUGUAUUUUUUGUAAAAAAGAGCAUUCAUUGUGAGUUUGUAGGUGAUAGUUUAACAACCAAUUGUUGUCAUUCAGAAAUAGGAAUGACUGGAUUGUCGUGGGCGGUGCGUGAAUAGACGCAUAAUAAUUGCUUUGAUGUUCGCUGUGCCAAAUAAUAAGUCUUAGUCAGCUCAAACACUAGUAAUUUAUUGGCCGAUAAACAUUGUAUUUGAUGUCUAUUUGAAUGAGGAUCCUUAGAAACACUGUUGAAAAUUUGAUUGAAACUUGGUUGACCCUCAAAUCCCUAAUCAAGAGUCUGUUGAGAUAUUUCCAUUAAAAUGUACGAAGACUGAAACGUUGCAUGUAAAUAUUGUAUAUAUUUUUAUAUCAUUUAAACGUAAUAUCUUUAUUUAUUGUCGUCGUCAAACUAAAGCAGAUACGUAAUAUUUAAAAUAGUACAAAAUAUAUUCUUUUUAGUAUAAUUUAGCCAACAUUAAGUUAUUAUUUAAGCAUUUAACGUAUAAUUGAAUAAAUCUCUAGCAUGCAAGAAUUUUUGGCAAUAUAGAUAAGCUUGAUUAUUUUAUAUCUGCCUAUUAAUACUAUUGUAUUAAAUUGUCUCCAAGGUGCAUUUAUUAUACCUGUGUAUACUAUGUAUCGUGAAUAAAUUUUUAAAUACUCUGAA